UUUUCAUUUGUUAGGUCUCCACUUGUCCCUUUGCCUUUCAAUAUCAUGCAGAAAACAUGGAAAAGGAGGAGAACAUACUAAGUCUUCACUCUCCAUCAACCAAACAUCCCUGGAAAAUGACGUCAGAUUCCGGUGAUUUCAGUAGGCUUACAGUCAUCAAAACGGAGAAUGCUCGCCAGAGAAGGUUGAAGUGCACGUGUCAAACGGUAACCAUAUCGGAAAACACGAGCACCGGCGUUGAUAAAGACAGGGAUCUUCUUCUUAAUGGAUCGAAAACAUGCAAGCAAAACGAUGACGUUCAAACUCUAACGUGCAGGUCGUCUCAUGGGGUGGUGUCGGUUAUUGGUAGGAGAAGAGAGAUGGAAGAUGCAGUGAAAGUGGGGUUAGGGUUUAUGGUGAAAGGGGGGGAAAAGUUUGAUUUUUAUGGAGUGUAUGACGGACACGGCGGAUCCGGGGUGGCGGAGGAGUGCAAGGAAAGGUUGCAUAAGGUGUUGGUGGAGGAGAUAGUGGUGGAGGAGGGAGGGAAUGGGAUUGAUUGGGGAAGAACGAUGAAGAGAAGUUUUGAGAAGAUGGAUGAAGAGGUGAGUCGAGGGAGGUUGGGAGAGGAGAUGGUAGGAUCGACGGCGGUUGUGGCGGUGGUUGGUAACGGGAAGGUAGUUGUGGCGAAUUGCGGGGACUCUAGAGCUGUGUUAUCGAGGGGUGGUGUUGCUGUAGCCUUGUCUUUUGAUCAUAAGCCUGAAGGACCUGUUGAGUUGGAGAGAAUCGAAGCCGCUGGUGGAAGGGUCAUAAACUGGAAUGGCCAUCGUGUAUUAGGAGUACUCGCCACUUCAAGAUCCAUAGUGCAUGCAGGCGAUGGAUACCUUAAACCGUUUGUCAUAUGCAAGCCAGAAGUAAACAUAAGAGAGCUAACCGACGGCGACGAGUUCCUCAUACUAGCUAGCGAUGGCCUGUGGGAUGUCGUAUCGAACAAAGUCGCUUGCCAAGUAGUGAGAAAAUGUCUGAACAGCCGAGUUAGGAGGAAAUCCAUUGCUAUUGUCGAUGGAAACCGCAACCGUGCAGCCGGAGCUGCCGCGGUGUUGGUUGAGCUCGCAAUGGCUCGAGGUAGCAAAGACAACAUCAGUGUGAUCGUGGUCGAGUUAAAUAAAACCUAGCACUUUUUAACACGAUCAUCUUCUACAUCUAGAAUUUACUAACCAAAAUUAUUUGGUUUCAAUUAGCAGCUUAAGCUAGAUAUUCGGUAUGGUCCAAAUUGGAUUAAUUAAGAAUGGUUUUCAUAAUAUACUAAAAUUUUAUUUAACAUUUCUGAAAGGUUAAAUUCCGCUAUCAGUUAUUGUACUUUCGUGAAGGUUAUGGAAUAUGGAUGUGAUUUUUAUA